GUCCCCCCCCAACUCUCCCGCCGUCGCCUUUUCCAAUGAUCCCCACGCCCACCGUUAGCUCCGAGUUUGCCUGCCUGCAUACCGGUAACCUUCCCAUUCAAGCUCAGGACGGUCCUCGACCAACCCAUCACUCCCUUCGCCCAAUAAACUCCAACCUAUCGUGUACCCACCACUGCUCACCCCAGGCUCCAGAAGGCACAGCUCAAUAGCACAUAUAUAGCCCCCCUUCCUCUCCUUUGCUGCUCUCACCUCCUUCCUGCCGUCCGUUUGCUAGCUCCCUCACGAAACAUCCGAUACAAACACUCGUUCACUCGUUUCGUUUCAUCUUCUCCUGACCAGCACACAAGCAAGCCACCAGCUCUGACUCGUAGUCCGUCGAGAUGUCGACCAUCUUGUUCAACACCGCUUCCCGCACAAUCUUCAGGCGUAUAGCUACAGCUCCGCGUAAGCUUCCGGUCCCACCGAGUGGUGUUCGUUUCCCCCGCGCAGGACGCCCAAUUACGACCACACCCACACCAGCUCACAACCACACGAGCCUUAUCCCCGGUCCAGCUUCCAUCAACGGUUUGGCUUCGAUCCCCUACUACUCGCAGUAUGGGCUUAGCCCCAUCAUCCGCGCGUUCAGGUCCUAUGGGAACGCGCAGAGGAAGAGGCCGUAUGUCACGCAGCUGCUGACUUCGGUUGCGAUAUACGCCUUGGGUGACUUGAAUGCUCAGCUGCUGUUCGGUGGCGAUGAGAAGUACGAUCCCCUGAGGACCGGAAGGAUGGUGAUGAUUGGAUCGGUGUUUUCGAUUCCUAGUUACCUUUGGUACAGCCUCCCUGAUUUCGGCUCUAGCUAGCCAUCUGAACAAGGCGGCUGGCUAAUUGAAGACGGUAUAGGUUCACCAAACUCGGCCAGUCCUUCAAUUUCCGUUCCAAGGUUAUCGCGGUCUCAACCCGCGUACUCGUCAACCAAAUCUUCUUCACGCCACUGUUCCUUUGCGCAUUCUUCACACUGCAAAACACAUUCCAAGCCGGCCGCUUCGUGUCCCCCAAGGAAACGGUCGAGAGACUCAAAAAGACGAUUCCAGCGGCUUACAGCAAUAGCUGCAAACUAUGGCCCGCCGUAACAGCAGUCAACUUCUGGAUCGUCCCGUUUGAGUACAGAGCUUUAUUCGGAGGUUUGUUUUUAACAGUUCCCCCCUUCACUUUGUGCUUUGGUGCUAAUAAUUGCGAAACAGGUGUCGUUGCCGUCGGUUGGAACGGAUACCUCUCAUAUCUUAACCAGGCAGCUCAGACAACCAUCAUUCCAGCAACUCAGCCAGUAGAGAUACCCGCUGCGCCGAAGGUUCAAGCGGUUGCGCAGAAGCCCUUGGGUUCAUUUAAACCCGUCGUGGCCUUAGUAUAAAUAACAAGAACCGGCCUUUUCUUUCUUUUUUUUCUCUUUUUCUGUCGUUGCUUCGAGGGAAUAGUGGAGGACACCCGCACUUGGCUAUAAUAUAUUUCAUUUGUCUGGGUUGGUUGGGCGGUUUUUGUCUUUAGAGGUUUUUUUAUAUUUUUUACUUUAAUUCUUCUGGCCUUUUACUUUUUAACUUUUUCUAAUUUCUUCAUUUCUCUCAUCUUUGGGGCUUUACAUUUUUUCUUGGGAUUGUCCGACUUUGGAUAAUACUUUUUUGGUGCAUGGUUGGUUGGUAGAAGCGGUACCUUACAUACAGGCGGGAUACUUACACAUGCAUAUACAGGCGGGCAUCAUACAGGUGUCGUACGGGUAGAAGGGAAGAGAUAAGGCUACAAGCUAGAUCGCAUAGACGCUGGAGGCACUUUUUGGUUAGUCGAAGAGUGCUAUUAGUCUAGUUUGUCUGUUGAUUCGCUCUUUUAUUUUUUGCGGGUUGGUUGGGUGGUGGUGUUCGGCUUUUGCUGUUUCUCGCGGGUUCCUGUUUAAAGAAUGGUAAUUAGAUUAACUUUA